GGAGACGGGACGCCCAGACACGCUGCCUGCUUGCCUGGUCCUUGCUCUGCCGAUGGAGUCAGAGGGCUCGGCGAGGACAGGACAUUGAUUCUCCUGUUGGCUGUGGAGAUAGCUGACCACUGAGAAGAAGCAUGGAGGAAAAUAACAAGAAACGGCAUAGCAAGAGGCACAGUGGACCAAAGGCUGGGAAGAAACAGAAGCGUCACUUGAAAGACUUAGGACUUGAAGAUGAGGAAGAUGCCCGGAAAAGAAACCCAAAGGCUUUUGCAGUCCAGUCUGCAGUGCGGAUGGCCAGAACAUUCCACAGGACCCAGGAUUUGAAGACAAAAAAGCAUCAUAUCCCUGUGGUUGAUCGUGCUCCACUAGAACCUCUCCCAGUGGUGGUGGUGGUGGUUGGCCCUCCAAAGGUUGGAAAGAGUACCCUGAUCAAAUGUCUCAUUAGGAAUUUCACAAGGCAGAAGUUAGUUGAAAUCCGGGGUCCUGUAACUAUUGUCUCAGGUAAAAAACGUAGGCUAACCAUAAUAGAAUGUGGAUGUGACAUUAAUACAAUGAUUGACCUGGCUAAAAUCGCUGAUUUGGUUUUGAUGCUGAUUGAUGCUAGUUUUGGAUUUGAGAUGGAAACGUUUGAAUUUCUGAACAUUUGCCAGGUGCAUGGCUUUCCCAAAAUAAUGGGCAUUCUUACACACUUGGAUACCUUUAAAAAUAACAAGCAACUUAAGAAGACGAAAAAGAGGCUAAAGCACAGGUUCUGGACUGAAGUUUAUCAGGGUGCCAAAUUAUUCUAUCUCUCUGGGAUGGUACAUGGAGAGUAUCAAAAACAGGAAAUCCACAAUCUGGGGCGCUUUAUCUCUGUUAUGAAAUUUCGUCCCCUUACAUGGCAGACAUCUCAUCCAUAUGUUUUAGCAGACAGAAUGGAAGAUCUGACAAACCCAGAAGAUAUCAGAGUUAAUCCAAAAUGUGACAGAAAGAUUUCACUUUAUGGCUACUUGAGAGGAGCCCACUUGAAAAACAAAAGCCAAAUACACAUGCCAGGCGUAGGGGAUUUCAGUAUAAGUGACGUCAGUUUUCUGCCGGAUCCUUGUGCGCUUCCUGAGCACCAAAAGAAACGUUCCUUAAAUGAGAAGGAAAAGCUGAUCUAUGCCCCUCUGUCAGGCGUUGGAGGCUUAGUAUAUGACAAAGAUGCAGUUUAUAUUGACCUUGGAGGAAGUCAUGCUCAUCAAGUGGAGGAGGAUGAUGUAAAACCGAACCAUGAACUUGUCCAGAGCCUCAUUUCUACACACUCAACCAUUGAUGCCAAAAUGGCCUCAAGCAAAGUAUCUCUCUUUAUGGAUUCCACACCUUUAGAGGCUGGAGAUAUUGAAAACCAAGAGAUUUUUUCAAUGCCUGAAGAAGAAAAAAAACUUGACCCACAUUCUGGGAGGGUACGGCGGAGGGCAGUGUUCAAAGAUGAAAAAAAUGAAGAUGCGGGGAGUGAUGAGGAAGAUGAAGACAUGUCUGAGGAUGAGGAUGAAGAUGGGAGUGAUGGUGACAAUGACGAGGGAGAAGAACAUGAUGAAGAUUUGUCAGAGCAACAUUUGAUUUUGUCACCUUCUAGACAUCUUAAAGAAGAAACCAAAGAAGCAACUCUAACAGAACUGCCAGCCUUUGCUGAUAGUGAUGAUGAUCUUGAGAUGAGUUCAAGUGAAGAGGAAGAAGGAGAGGAGGAGGGCCUUGAUGGGGAGAGAGGAGAAACAGAUGGAGCGGAACCACAACAUGUUGAAGAGGAGAUAAUGGAUUUUGAAACUGCAUCCAGAAAUACAGAUUUACUUAAUAAACCAAUGCGUUGCAACAAAAAAGACAGACGGUUAAAAAAUAGUAAAAUCCUAGGUAAAACAAUAGCUUCUACUACAGAUUCUGGAAAUGGGACCACUGAAGAAGCAUCAGCAUCUGAAUCAGAAGAUUCUUCCUUGGAAGAGGAAGAAGAACCAGUAGAUGAUUCUGACACUGAAGAAUCUGAUAGUGGCGACUUCCAAACAGAAAGUGCUGAAAGGCGUGAACUUGGGGCUGUAAAUUAUAAUGAUGAUGUUGAAGACCUUUUGAAAGAGGAUGAGGAAUACAAAGAGGCACCUGACCUUUCUGCAGACACAGAUGGUGCACUUAAAUGGAAAGAAGACCUUACUCGAAAGGCUGCUGAGGCUUUUCUGAGGCAGCAACAGACAACUCCCAAUCUCCGUAAGCUUGUUUAUGGCACAGUGGCUGAAGAUGAGGGAAAUGAAGAAGAAAAUGAAGAACUUGGAGGAUUGUUCCACGUCAGCCGCCCCGACACAGAAUCAAAGCGAAAAGCCGAUGCCCUCGAUUGCUCCAAAUUUCAUGUUGAAGCCCCACAAGAUUGGGACUUAGAUGAGGUUAUGAACAGUAUCAGAGACUGUUUUGUGACUGGAAAUUGGGAAGCUGAUAAAGAUGCAGCCAAACUACUGAAAGAAGAUGAAGAGUUAUACGGUGAUUUUGAAGAUCUUGAAACUGGAACGAUACACAAAGGAAAACCAGAAGAUCAAGGAGAUGAGGAAGAAAAUGCAGAAGAAAAAGAAGACAAUGCAGAUGAAGAUGCAAAAACCGUUGGGGAAGAAGAGGAAAAGAAAAAACGCAUGGACAAGAAACGUAAACUGAAAGAAAUGUUUGAUGCUGAAUAUGAUGAGGGGGAUGCCACCUACUUUGAUGACCUGAAAGGGGAGAUGCAGAAACAGGCUCAGCUUAAUAGGUCUGAAUUUGAAGAUCAAGAUGAUGAAACCAGAGUUCAGUAUGAGGGCUUUCGGCCAGGAAUGUAUAUCCGGAUAGAACUUGAGAAUGUCCCUUGUGAACUGGUCCUGAAUUUUGACCCACACUAUCCACUUAUCCUGGGAGGUUUGGGAAACACAGAAGGAAAUGUGGGAUAUGUUCAGAUGCGCCUGAAGAAGCAUCGUUGGCAUAAGAAAAUACUCAAGACUCGUGAUCCCCUGAUAUUCUCAUUAGGCUGGAGGCGGUUUCAGACCAUCCCUAUGUAUUACAUAGAAGAUCAUAAUGGGCGUCACAGGCUACUUAAGUAUACGCCACAGCAUAUGCAUUGUGGGACCAUCUUUUGGGGUCCUAUCACACCACAAGGGACAGGAUGUUUGGCAAUCCAGUCAGUGAGUGGUGCAACACCUGAUUUUCGGAUAGCUGCCACUGGAGUUGUUCUUGACUUAGAUAAAUCCAUUAAAGUUGUGAAGAAAUUAAAGUUAACGGGCUUCCCAUUCAAAAUUUACAAGAAUACAGCAUUUAUCAAGGGGAUGUUUAACUCUGUACUGGAAGUGGCAAAGUUUGAAGGAGCGGCAAUUCGUACUGUGAGUGGUAUCCGUGGUCAGAUUAAAAAGGCCGUGCGGACACCGGAGGGUGCAUUCAGAGCGACAUUUGAAGAUAAGCUGCUAAUGAGUGAUAUUGUCUUCAUGAGAACCUGGUACCCUGUAUCCACUCCAGCAUUCUAUAAUCCAGUGACUUCUUUGCUAAAACCUGUGGGUGAAAAACACACUUGGGCAGGAAUGAAGACCACAGGCCAGUUAAGGCAUGAGAAAGGCAUCAGACUGAAACAAAACAAGGACUCCUUGUAUAAGCAUAUUGUGCGGGAGAAGAAACAUUUCAAUAAGCUGCAUAUCCCCAAAGCUCUUCAGAAGGCCCUACCAUUUAAGAGCAAACCUAAGAUGCAAGAAGGAAAAAGAAAAGUCACAAGGGACAAGUGGAGACCUGCUGUUAUCAGGGAACCUCAUGAGAAGAAGAUUGCAGCACUUCUGUCUGCGUUGAGUACAGUACACAGUGACAAGUUGAAGAAAGUCAAGCUAAAACACCGUCAGGAUCUUAAUGAACGUCUGAAAGUGAAACAGAAAGAGGAGGAAGCGAAGAUUAAGAGGCAGAAGGAAGCAAAGAAGAAACUGUUCCGCAUAAUUGGACAGAAAGAUCGGAAGAGGCAAAAGUCAAGCCUGAAGGGAAAUGCAGAACAAGAGAAGUGAGCUUUUUCCUGCCGUCUUCAGGAAAUGGGAAAACUUUUUAUUGUGAUGUGUUUGUUGGGAAGAUCCUGGAACCUAAAAUAUUGCAAUAAAGUUCUGAACUCCAUAGAACUUGCCUUGGAGGAAAUGAAAGGAAACCAAGAUGACAUUUCAAAACAAAUAAGAGAUAUAUAUUAUUAUUUGCAGUGUUCACCACAAUAUGCAGAGAGGAAUUCAAGUUCAAACAUUUGGCUCAUUAAAAUAUUUUACAUUA